AUGUGCCACUUUCAGGUCUCCUCACACACUGCUGGUGUGUUGAAUUUUUUGACAUAGGGUGCUGGCAGAUUACGGGCCUCCUAUAGCUGCUGCCAGGCCCCUAAUCUGCCAUGGGCCCCUAUAUACCGCCUCCUCAUGCUGCUGCCAGGUCCCAGAGUCUCUCAUGGGUCCCUGUACGGCCUCCCAUUGCUGCUGUCUCCAUCGCCACACUCUGCCAUGUGCCACUUUCAGGUCUCCUCACACUCCUGCUGGUUUCCAUUUUGUCAUAGGUUGCUGUAUGGCCUCCCAUUGCUGCUGCCUCCACCGCCACACUGUGGCUCCAAACACUGGUUUUGGCCCCGUGACUGGCCAAAUGAGUGAAGUGUGCGGUGAUUCUAAGAUCGACGGCACUCAUCUGCAUGUCAUACUGAGUGACAGUAUUAUUUCUCUUCCCCAGCAGACUCAAAGGGCAUUUAAAUUAAAGGUACAGUGUUCUGCACUAAUAUUA